AUGCCGGGCCUGACGUGGCCUCCACCAGCCGAGGGCAGCCAGGCCCUCCCGCCGCCCCCAGGGGAAGGGGAAACCAGGUCACGACGCCUCCCAAACCUGCCUUCCCACAUCCCGCACCCCUCAGACCGAGGGUGGGCCAGGCUGUCCUCAUCAGGCUCGGCCAGGAAGACCGGCCUUCUUCCGAUCCGGAACGGAAGUACAGGGGCCUCAGCCACUGAAUCCGAAUCAGGUGACCACGCCCCCCGGAUUCUGGAAGGAAUCCAGUCCUGCAUCCUCUGCCCCACACUUAGACUAAAAAUAAAAUCUGGGGUCCCUUCCUCUUCUCAGCCCCUCUCAGAAGCCACCAUGUCCCGCCAAGCCCUGGUGUGGACCACUCUGCUCUUGCUGCUGGGAGGCCGGGCAGGGUGGCGCCCCAUCCCCUUCCCUCCUGCUGCAGGACGCUCCAGGGCCCAGGGCUCCAAGAUACUGGAGGGUAAGGAGUGCAAGGCCCACUCGCAGCCGUGGCAGGCGGGUUUGUUCCAGGGCCAGCGACUCAUUUGCGGAGGGGUUCUGGUUGGCACCAACUGGGUCCUCACAGCCGCCCACUGCAAAAAAAAGAAAUACACAGUACGCCUGGGAGACCAUAGCCUGCAAAGUAGAAAUGAGGGAGAACAGGAAAUGUCUGUGGCUCAGUCCAUCCAACACCCGUGCUACAACAACAGCAACCCAGAGGACCACAGUCAUGACCUGAUGCUAAUCCGACUCAGAGAGGCUGCAUCCCUAGGAUCUACUGUGAAGCCGAUAGACCUGGCGUAUCAGUGUGCCCACGUUGGCCAGAAGUGCACCAUAUCCGGCUGGGGCACGGUCAGCAGCCCCCAAGAGAAUUUUCCUGACACCCUCAACUGUGCAGAGGUAAAAAUCUUUUCCCAGAGGAAGUGCAAAGAGGCCUACCCAGGGAAGAUAAAUGCCGGCAUGGUCUGCGCGGGCAACAGCAAUGGUGCCGACACAUGCCAGGGCGAUUCCGGGGGUCCUCUGGUGUGUGAUGGUGUGCUCCAGGGUAUCACAUCCUGGGGCUCAGACCCCUGCGGGCGGCCUGAAAGACCUGGCGUCUACACCAACCUCUGCCGCUACCAUGACUGGAUGAAGAAGACCAUGCGUAACAGGGGCUGA